AUGGCUGAUUGGAAGCAGCAAAGACCAGUCUUGUUUCAGCAGCAUGCCACUUUGUCAAAGGAGACGAAGAAGCCGAAGUAUGCGGUCAACCCCAACAAGUACCUGGAGGACGGUGAGGGUGGUGCUGAGGGCGAGGAUGAAGAGGAAGAGGACGUGCCAGAGGACCUGGCGGAUCUGGAGCCAGAAGAGCAGCAGAAGCGCAUCAAGCCGGCUCCCAAGCCCUCCAACGCAUCUUGA